AUGGUGGACCAGAAAAACAUACAGGGAGAUAUUUGGCCUCGUCUGCCCAAGAAGGCCGAAAGAUUUGUGUUUUUUCGAAUCACCAAAGUGCAAGAGUUCAAGAGCAGCCUGCCAACAAUAGCGAACUUCCUAACUACAUCACAUUCAGCUCUCAAGAGCCGCAGUGACAUCUACAAAUGGAAGGCUGAGGGUACCCUCAAGGACCUCAUUCGUCUAGUCUCGAUUAAUCUUGCCUUCUCUGCUACUGGCCUGGCCAAGCUGGGAGCCGAACGUUUCAACGAUGAAGUUUUCAACGGCGGUCAGUUCAAAGACAUGACUGCUCCGUCGCAGGGCGAGACAGCCGAAGACCAUCAAGGCCUUGAUCCCCAGGACGACUGGGUCCCUGAAUUUAAGCCAAGCGGUGGUGGUAUCGACGGUGUUCUUGUUGUGGCGGGUGAUAGCCUCGAAAGUAUCGAUGGCAUGAUCCGCGAUACAGUUGAUUGGGUUUUCAACGUUGGAAAUGACAAGCAAAGUAUUGAGAAGGUCUAUACUAAGACCGGCACAGUCUACAAGAACCAUCUUGAACAUUUUGGAUGGGUAGACGGUAUUAGCCAGCCUAUGGUCAAAGGACUUGACGAUGUUUCGGUGAAGGCCAAUGCCCCUGGAAUGUCACCGAUAGAUCCUGGAAUUAUCAUUGUCGGAAACGAACGUGAUGGGAACAAACAUCCCGAAUGGGCCAAGGAUGGCAGCUUUAUGGUCUUCCGGAUUUACGAGCAGCUAGUUCCCGAGUUCUAUCAUUGGUGUGCUAUGAACUGUCCAACUGGCGCUAAGGAGACAAAGGAGGCGCAAAAAGCAGGAAAACCAGUUGAAUGGAGUGGACAGUCAAUGACCGAGAUGGGCAUGUUCUCCUCGCGAUUGGUAGGACGGUGGCCUGAAGGUGCUCCAAUGGAGCUUCACCCCAAAGAGGAUCCAAAUUCCGGCCUGUCACUAGACGAGGAUGAGGAAAAGAACAGAAUAGCAGUCAAAAAGUCGCUUGGACAGGAUGGACUAGACCGGUUGAAGACGAUUAAACAAAAGAACAACACGGAUGCGUUCAACUACAACCCUGCUGACCAGACCAGGUGCCCAUAUGCCUCUCACAUGCGCAAGACUGGCCCUCGGGAUGACCAUCCCAAUUACACCAAACAUUUAAUGAUGCGCCGGGGAAUUCCUUAUGGACCUUGGUGCGGGGACGAGGAAAGAAGCAAUGGGGUAACAGAGCAAGAACGUGGCCUUCUGUUUGUCAGCUACCAGAGCAGCAUUGACGACGGGUUCCGUACCCAGCAAAAGCGAUGGGCCAAUGCUCCCGAUGGCCCAACCGACAUGGCAAAGCACAGUGGCGGUAACAGCCAGGGGAUUGACCCUAUUAUCGGUCAAGUUCACCCGAAGCAUAUCAGGGAGAACACAGAUGGUCGGAUCCAUGCCAAGUAUCGAGACUCUGCUCCUCAACUUCACUUCCCUGAAACGGUCUAUGGGGAAGUUGGUCCCCAGGUCUAUGAUAAAAAAAUCGAUCUGGCCCGGUUAUGCAUUCCCCACGGCGGAGAAUACUUCUUUUCCCCCUCCAUUUCCGCUUUGAAAAAUUACUUGCCAUCCGUUUGA